AUGAAUAACUAAUCUGUUAAUGUGCAGUACAAUGAUCAGAUAAAAAUGAAGGUCUCAGAAGUGUUUCAAACCCAUUAUAUUAAUACCCAGCCCUCGAAACAAGAAUAGACUAUUGUAAUUUGCUUAAUAAUUUUUGGGAACAUAAUUUGGAACUGGAUGGCAAACUUUUAAAAUAGUGGAUCCACCCAUUAUAGUUAUGAACUAACAGUUAAAAUUAUCGAGACCUUGUGGAUUGUCUUUCAUCAUCUGAAGAAAAAGUAAACAUUUCUUAAAUUUUAGAACUACUUAAACUCCCGAAUCUCUUCUGAAUUUAGGUCUAGUAAUUCAGCUCGUUAAUGCCCUAAUCACAACUUUAACUAUAACUGAGUAUAAUCUAUCUUAUAUUCUGUAGCGUAGAAUCAAGAUCAGAAUAAGUACUAGACCAAUUUACCUUCUUCAUUCUCAUCCAUCAAUAUAUCUACAAUCGAUUCUCAUUGAAAUUGCAUUACUUACAUUAAGUGAUUGGAAUCGGCAGCGUUUUGGCAUUUCAAAUCUGUUGGGGAGUCCAUUUUAUUAGUACAAUCAAAAUGAUAACAGUAUAAUCUGUUUUUAUUUUGUCAAAAUAAUUACGAUAACAGAGAUUGUUGAAUGAGACACAAAACAAAAUCAAACAGUUCAAUUAAGAGCUGGAUCAGAUGAAGUAGCAGUAACAAUAAUAGAUAAACAAAUAUCAAGAGGAGAUUGAUUCAAAAUCACAGAUGCAAUUAUAAUCUAGGGCCAAUGACUUAGUCAAUAAAUUAAAAUUAAUCAAAUUCAAGUAACAAUGUGCAAUCAAAAACCAACUCUUAAAAAAUGCUAGUUAAUAAUAAGAGAAAUUGUAAUCGAUGGUCUCAAUAACAGAAGUAUUUGGCAAAGACGAAGUGGAUGAAGACACAAAUCAAAAUUAUCAAACCACCUCUCCAAAAAUUGAGAAUUUUAGAAGGAGAGCUAGUAGAACCCUAUCCUAAAAUUCAGAUAUUAAAGGUAAAAAUCUACAAUUCGACCAACAGCAAUCUCACUCUGAUCAAACUAUUAUUCAAGGAGAUGAUUUUAUUACCAUUGAUGAAAUAGAUGACCUUCUGAAUUUAUUGACAGGUAAAAAAGACAAUAUUUGGUUACCAAAGUUUUUAAGAAGUCAUCGUCAAUUGGAUUGUCAAAAUAGUAAUUGCAGUAUUCAACAAACCUCAAAAGAAGAUUAAUUUAGUUAAGAUGCCAAAAAGUAAAUUCUAUGCUCAUUAUUUUUAGAUUCAUACUUUCACAUUUCACCUAAAGAGAAGCCUCUUUUCAAUAUAUAGAUGACAUUUCAGAUGACAUAGAUGAUAUUGCCUAAAAAACUCUAAUUGAUUUCAACACCAAUUACUUACAACCAGAUUACACUUUAAAUAAUUUAGAUCAAUCACAGAGAAUGAUGUUUUUAGAAGGCUCUAUCAAUUUGUUUAAAAUAUUCAAAGUUAUUCAAACACUGAAGAUUACUAAUCUAGAAACCCUCGGAGAAUUCAGUGUCAAAAUUGAAUCUCUCUAUCAAAACAAUUUCUAUCAUAAUUCCAUGCAUGCAAUCGAUGUUGCAAAUUCAACAGCAUUUUUCCUAUAAAAUGGAUUAUCCACUCUAAUCGAUGAUUUCCAAGCUACUUGUUUGUUAAUUUCUUCAUUGGCACAUGAUAUUGGGCAUCCAGGCUUAAAUAAUGGAUUUAUGACUGCAAACAGAUGUAGAUUAGCCUUAUUAUUUAAUGAUCAAAGUGUUUUAGAGAAUUAUCAUUCAUUCCUUUUGUUUUAGGUACUCACUUAAAGUAAAUGCAACAUCAUUGAAAACUUGAGUUCUAAUGAAAUCAAAGGAUUUAGGAAGUAUUGUUUAAAUCUAAUUCUUGACACUGAUCUCACCCGACACUUUUAAUUGAUGAACAAAUUCUAAAAUUAUUUGAAUGUCAAUGAAUCUCCUGCUAUUGAUUAACAAUUAAUCAUGUCAAUUGGAAUUAAAUGUGCAGGUAAUUACUGAUCAUACUAUUUUAGAUGUUGGACAUGGAGCAAAAGAAUUAAAAUUACACAAAAUCUGGAGUAGAAGAAUCAUUGAAGAAUUCUUUUUAUAAGGGGAUUUAGAGCAUCACCUUAAAGUACCUAUAUCACCUAUGUGUGAUAGGAAAUAGAAUGUUUCUAAAUCUUAAGAAGGCUUUUUAAAGGCCAUAGUUUUACCAAUGUUCGAGGCCUUCUCAACAAUAUUAAAGAAGUAAUUAAUUGUUUGAUUAAUAGUGAAAAUAUCUAAAAAACCUGUGUGGACUAAGUAAAAUAAAAUAUAGAAUAUUGGUAAAAGCAGAAGACUGAUGAAGAAUUCAUGGAAGAAACAACUUUUGAUACCAAUGCCGGACUUGAAAUUCUUCAAAAGUUUCUUCAUGAACCUCUUCAUAUUGAGAUUUGAUUUUAUAUGUAAU